AAAUUAGCAUCAAUUAUUCUGCAUCAUCAUAUUAGACCUUAUUCCCCUUUUUGAUAUCCAAAAAUCCCCAAAUCGGUGUACAUUAUCUCUCAAGGUUUAACAUCGAUCAUUCUCAGCUCCUCUUGCAUCAUCACACAACAGGAAAUUUGAAAAUGGACAAGUCUUGGAUGCGUUGUACUGACACAUCGAGCGAUGUUUAUAUAAAAGGACUUGACAAUUUUCUUCAAUUUGCUUUUAAGCACUCAGAAGUCGAUGGUGAAAUUCCUUUUCCUUGUACACUAUGUAAUAAUGUUUUAAAUGGGUCUAGAGCUGAUGUCAGGGAACAUUUAAUAAUUAGUGGGAUAGUCAAAAACUACACACGUUGGCUUCAUCAUGGAUAAUCUGUAGCUAAAAGCAAACCAUUAACCAAAACGAAGAAGGAAAAGAGCAAUGUGAUCUGUCUCAAACGAAAGAAAAAGAACAAGGUGAUCCAUCUCAAAAGAAAAGAAAAGAGUGAAGUGAUGAUAUGUUUGAAAUGAUUUAUGAUGCUGCUGGUCAUGAAUUCACGGAUGAUUCUAGUGGGGUUAAGUUUAAACAAGGUGAUGCUUCAGAACCGACUUCCAAAAUUUUCAAAUUAGUGGAGGAUGCUGCACAACAACUUUAUCCUGGUUGCGAGACAUUCUCCAAAUUAUCAAUGAUUGUGGAAUUGUUCCAAAUUAAGUGUCUUUAUGGGUUGAGUGAUAAAGCAGUUGAUAGCAUAUUGAAGUUAAUUAAACGAGCACUUCCUUCCGAUGAAACUUUACCAAAGGCAUUUUAUGGAACCAAAAAAGUAAUUCAAGAUUUAGGUCUUCGUUAUGAAAAAAUACAUGCUAGCGAGAACGAUUGCAUGUUAUUUUGGAAAGAAAAUGCAAAAGCUGAAUCUUGCUUAGUUUGUGGGGAGUCUAGGUGGAAGUCAGUUGAAGGUCAAAAAACUGAUGGGGCUGUUCAAGGAAAGAUCGAGAAUAAAGUUCCGCGAAAAGUGUUACGUUACUUUCCCUUGAAACCAAGAUUGUAAAGGUUGUUUAUGUCAUCAGAAAUAGCUUCAGACAUGACAUGGCAUCAUGAUCAACGUUUGAAAGAUUGGGUUCUUAGACAUCCAACGGACUCUGAAGCCAGGAAACAUUUUGAUAGAUCUAAUCCGGGAUUUGCUAGAGAUCCUCGUAAUGUUAGACUUGGAUUAGCAGCUGAUGGGAUAAAUCCUUUUGGUAACUUAAGUGUUUCUCAUAGCACUUGGCCAGUAAUUACCACUGGAUACAACUUACCUCCUUGGAUGUGCAUGAAACAACCAUAUUGCUUCUUGUCUUUGUUGAUACCUGGUCCUAAAGCUCCUGGAAAUGUGAUAUUGAUGUGUACUUAGAACCAUUGAUUGAUGAGUUGUGAGAAUUAUGGUAUUGUGGAGUCGAUACAUUUGAUGCUUCGAGAAAAGAGAAUUUUUGUAUGCGGACAGCACUUUUACGGACUAUAAAUGAUUUUCCCGCUUAUGCGAACUUGUCUGGAUAGAGCACAAAGGGAGCUUUGGCUUGCUUUUCAUGCAACAAAGACACUCCAUCUACUCGAUUAAAGUAUGGUCGUAAGUUUUCUUACAUGGGUGCUCGGAGGUUUUUAUCAUCUAAUCAUAAGUGGCGGAGUAAUAAACGUGAUUUUAAUGGAAAAGUAGAAAGAAGACCUGCUCCAAAAAUUCUAUCUGGAGACGAUGUUUUACGCCAGCUGCUUACUCUAGGAGACAUGAAAUUUGGUAAGACCCAGAAAAAAAGGAAGUACGAAAAAGGUAAAGACACUCAUAACUGGAGAAAGAAAAGCAUCUUUUUUAGGCGCAUCUUUUUUAGGCUCCUUACUGGAAAAAUAAUUUACUACCCCAUAAUUUAGAUGUGAUGCAUGUUGAAAAGAAUGUGUGUGAUAAUGUUAUUGGGACAUUUUUAGAUAUUGAAGAAAAAACAAAAGAUAAUUUAAAUGCUCGUCGUGAUUUGAAGGAAAUGGGUAUAAGAAAAGAUUUACAUCCCACUCAAAAGAGAUGGAAGAUGGUAUUAUCCAGCAGCAUGUUAUUCUUUAUCAUCGGAGGAGAAGUCUAAAGUAUGUAAGUUCUUGGAAAUGGUUAAGGUUCCAAAUGGUUAUUCUUCCAAUAUAUCAAGGUGGAUGAAGUCAGAGGAUCGUAAAAUUUAUGGAUUAAAGAGUCAUGAUUCUCAUAUUUUAUUAGAACAACUGCUUCCUUUUGCAAUUCAUGGAGUCGUGCCUAACAAUGUCUGUGAUGCUAUCACUGAGUUAAGUAUUUUCUUCAAAGAGUUGUGUUCAAAAACACUAAGGGCUGAUGUGUUGGAUCAGCUUGAAGCUCAAAUUCUAAUAAUAUUGAGUAAAUUGGAAAAGAUAUUUCUACCAACAUUUUUUGACAUUAUGGUGCAUUUAGUGAUUCAUCUUCCAAGAGAGGCUAAACUUGGUGGACCUGUACAAUACAGGUGGAUGUAUCCAAUUGAGAGAUUUUUACGCUUAUUGAAGUGCUAUGUUCGUAAUAAAAAUCAACCUGAAGGGUCUAUUGCAGAAGGGUAUAUUGUUGAGGAAAGUCUAAUAUUUUGCUCAAGGUAUCUACAUGGAAUUGCCAUAGGGCAUAAUCGAAUGGACAAAAAUUAUGAAGUUGAUCGUGCUGAGACAUAUAGUGGAUUAUCGAUUUUUGAAAAAAAAGGUUCUUCUUUAUUAAGAGAUACAUCGAGAGAUCUUGAAGAGUUUGAGAGAAAACAAGCCCAUCUUUAUGUCUUGAGAAAUUGUGAAGAAGUUCAGCCAUUUCUACGAUUGUACAAAUGCGCAAAGAAGGAAAUCCACUAGAAAGUUGUAAAUUGUAUUCUUUGGCUAGAGGUCCUUUUAAUGGGGUCCAAAGAUUCAAGGGGUAUGAAAUAAAUGGUUUUAGAUUUCAUACUAAACAACUCGAGGAAAAGAGGAAGAGGCAAAAUAGUGUGGUUCUAGUAAGAGGAGUAGUGAAAGGUCAAAAUAUCAAUUAAUAUGGUGUUCUAACUGAAAUAGUUGAACUUCAAUAUUUUGAUGGUAAACGUAUUGUGUUGUGUAAAUGUGAUUGGUGGGACGUUGAUCACAUCGGAAAAGGAGUGAAAAUAGACAAAUAUGAUUGUGUUAGUGUUAACACUAAGAGAAAAUUAGCAACAAAUGAGCCAUUUGUGCUUGCUUCUCAAGCGGAACAAGUUUUUUAUGUUAAGGAUAAUCUUCAUCCCAAUUGGUCAAUUGUUCUGAAUGGUCAUUCUACUUAUUUCACUGGAGGUGCUAUUGAUGAAGAAACUUUUCAACAAAGUGUUUGUAAUGAUGUUUCGCAUGCAUUUGAGGACGGUGAAGACUUCAUAAAUUGGAGAAGAAAUGAUCUUGAUGCUAUUAGCAUGAAUGUUACUUUAGUUGAUGAUAUUAUUGAAGGCAGUGAAUUAGAAUUAGAUACGGAUGAUGAAGAUUUAUUAUUAUAUAUAUUUAAGUCUUAUUUACUUAUUGUUUAUACUCUAGUCUUUUCAUGGUAGUUUUUUUGAUAAGAUUAAAUUUUUGUGUGGUAGUUGAACAUGUGUUUUAUUUUAUUUACUAAUUUUACUCGGCUUCAUGUUCUAUUUUCAAUGGUUGAGGGGUGUUAGAUGUGCAAUACAGUUUGAGUAGAGAAUUACUUCAUUGAAUUGAUGUAUAAAGUUCUCUCUUU